AGUGCUCGCAUUUCCUGUUGAUGCUGUUCUGACACGGAGCCAUGGCGCUGCUGAGAGCGGUUGUGUCCUCUGUGCUGUUCAGCCGGGUGCUGUUGGCGCUGGUGCUGGACCUGGACGACUCGUUUAAGGACAGCAGGAUGGAGGAUGUGUGGCUGGUGGACUUCUACGCGCCGUGGUGUGGCUACUGUAAGAAGCUGGAGCCGGUGUGGGAGGAGGUCGGAGCUGAGCUGACGCGCUCGGGGUCGCCGGUUCGAGUGGGAAAAAUGGACGCCACUGCAUAUUCAGGAAUGGCGUCAGAGUUCGGUGUACGGGGAUAUCCCACAAUCAAGCUGCUCAAGGGGGAUCUGGCUUAUAAUUAUAAAGGACCCAGAACUAAAGAUGACAUUAUCGAGUUUGCCAAUAGAGUGGCUGGGCCUGCUGUGCGUGCGCUGCCGAGCAGACAGAUGUUUGAGCAUGUGCUGAAGAGACACAGUGUGCUGUUCUUGUAUGUCGGAGGAGAGUCUCCACUGAAGGAGAAGUACAUCGAGGUGGCCUCAGAGCUCAUCGUGUACACGUAUUUCUUCUCUGCGUCUGAGGAGGUCUUGACAGAGGCUGUGGUUCUGCCUGAGCUGCCCUCCGUCGUCGUCUUCAAAGAUGCAUCAUUUUUCACGUAUGAUGAGUAUGAGGAUGGCAGUUUGUCGUCCUGGGUGAACCGAGAGCGUUUUCAGAGUUACCUGCAGAUCGACGGAUUCACACUCUAUGAGCUGGGGGAAACCGGUAAACUGGUGGCCAUCGCAGUUACAGAUGAAAAAGACCAGAGCGAUCAGAGCAGCAGGUUGAAAGGUCUCAUCCAGAGAGUCGCUACUGAACACAGGGAGCAGUUUAACAGGGAUUUCCAGUUCGGACACAUGUCUGGGAAUGACUACAUCAACAGCCUCAUCAUGGGCGAGGUGUCGAUUCCCAGCAUCAUCAUCCUCAACACCUCUAAUGAGCAGUACUUUCUGCCUGCGGAGCCCGUGGAGGAUCUCCAGCAGAUGCUGCAGUUCUUCAGCAGUGUUCUGGACGGCAGCGCUCCGGCGUACGGAGGAGACGGAAUAUUCCAGAGGAUCAAGCGUGUGGCGUAUGAUGCCAGAUCCACCAUCAUGUCUGUUUUCCGCAGUUCUCCUCUGCUGGGUUGUUUCCUCUUCGGCCUGCCGCUCGGGGUCAUCAGUCUGAUGUGUUACGGGAUCUGCACGGCCGAGUCUGACGACGGGACGGAGGAUCUGGAGCUGAUGAAGACUGAGGAGGAGGAGGAGGAGGAAGAGCAGCGGCUGACGGAGAGAACAGAAGAAGAGGAGGAGCAGAUGGAGAGAAGAGCAGAAGAAGAGCAGACGGAGAGCAAGAGUCCUGCUGAGAAGAAGCUGGAUUAACAGGAGCCGCUUCAGUUUCUCCUCUAGCACAGACUGGCAGAACUCACACACACACACACACACACACACACAGACAGCGCAGAUCUGCAGCUCGUUAGGUCAUUAAUCAUCAUCAGUGUGACGAGCUCUUCUGAUGGAGGAGUUCUCUUCUGUUCAUGGGUGAAGGAGAAACUGCAGGAUCAGAAGAUCAGCUUCAGUCCAGCGCCACGUUAAUGAGCUCUCGCUACUGUUACAUGACUGACUGCAUACACGUGUGUGUGUGUGUGUGUGUGUGUGUGUGUGUGUGUGUGUGUGUGUGUGUGUGUGUGUGUGUGUGUGUGUGUGUGUGUAUAUUUCUGACCAACAGAAGCUGACUGUGGUCAUAUGCACUUAGCGACUGCACUGAACACACACACACACACAGCCACAGAUGCGCACACACACAUGCGCACACACACACAGAUGCGCACACACAUAUACAUAGGUAUACAGAGAUACACUGACAUGCACACACACAAAUAGACAACACAUGCAUACACACACACACAGCCGUGCAGCGCUGCAGGUUAAGCUCAGUUUAGCGGGGCUGGUCUUACUCCCUCUGUAGGGUGCUACUCUUCAUCUUGUAUAGCCGGUAGUCUCAUCUGUGUGUGUAUAGAUAGUAAAGGCUUCAUGUGUCCGCUGUCCUCAGCAGAUUCUCCUCAGAGACGCUCCACUGCCUUCAGGAGCAGACCAACGUCACGACCGACUCUAAAUUUACUGAAGAACAUCACGUCCAGCAGCCGUGGAGCCGCGCAUGCUUAUGAAGCCACGCCGUGAAGAAGAGCAGAGCCACAGUUCUGGAGCCAAGAGACCAGUCUGAUGCAGAUUAAUGUGUGCGUCUGAUUGGCUGAUCUCAGAUUGAGUGUGCCCGAUUGGCUAAUCUCAGAUUGAGUGUGCCCGAUUGGCUGAUCUCAGAUUGAGUGUGCCUGAUUGGCUGAUCUCAGAUUGAGUGUGCCUGAUUGGCCGAUCUCAGAUUGAGUGCAUCUGAUUGGCUGAUAUCAGAUUGAGUGUGCCUGAUUGGCUUAUCUCAGAUUGAUUGUGCCUGAUUGGCUGAUGCUGAAUGAGUUCUGAUUGGCUGACUGAUGGAUGAUAUAUUUCAUGGUUGAUAUUGUUUUCCAGGCCAGGCGUGUGCUUGACAUGAGAGUGGGGUAAGAUGUGUCACUCCUCCAUCUAGGUCUGAUAUUUAGCAAGGGGCUUUUCCCUGCAAACACACAUCAGCUUAACAUGUGGACGAUCCUCCGGCAAUAUGUUUUUACUGUUACAUUCAUCAUGUGUCAUGUGUUGCUCCUGUAAAUGUUUGAACUGCAAACUUCUGCCAAAAUAAGUGAUUUCCAAAUUAAUAAAGUCCCUGUUUAACUUUA